UAUAUUUUAACGGUCCAGCUGCGGCCGCACUGAGUUUAUUAACAAAAUAAAAAACAACAAAUUUAUUAGCAAAAUGGUUAGCAGAAAUAUAGAAAGCACGAGUAAAGUGCCCACUUUCCAUGUCAUCCGCGAGGUUUACGACAGUUCCAAUGCCCAUGAAAGAUUCGAGGCGGAACUGGACAAGGCGCUGGAGGCCAAGGUGGACUUCAUCAUUAUAGAACCACCGCGCCUAGGUGACGAGACUGGUCGUUGGAUCUGGGUGGGUAACUGCCUGCACAAGACAGCCGUGGCCACAGGAGUAAUCUCCCUGGUGGCCAGUUUGCUGUGGCGGGAUCGCCCCAUCAUUGCAGCUCCCGCUUGUGCCCUGUCGCUCUUUUGCACAGGACUCUACACUGUCUCCUGGAACUAUGAUCCUUGUUGUCAAUAUCAGGUGGAAAACAAUGAGACCGUGCUGGAGAAGCUGCCGCUAACAGAUGUAUCCUCGCCUGUGAUCCUGGGCUACUCGCCCAACUCCAAAACCAAAUACGUGCACCGCGGUGUAUCCUUCCUCUCGGCUGCCCUGUGCGCCUGGCAGAUCUGGAGGUCCUACAAGUAAAGAAUGCAACAGAACCCCUAAAAUGGGCAGCUGCUGGAUUGGGCCACUUCCCUGCGGAGGCGUUAUACCCUAUAUAUAUAGCCAAUAAGUUUAGUCUAGGCACCUAAGCGAAUGCAUUUCUUUUAGAUUUUCGAACGAUUUUAACUCACUGUCUUGUCUUUCGUGAAAUUUUAAAAGUCUCUGUCCAGUGUCCAGUAUCCAGUAUCCAGUGUCCAGUGUCCUUGUCAGUGUUUCUGUGGCUGCCACUUGGACUGGCAAGCAUGCUCAUAGCCUAUUACGGUUCAAAGGCCUCAGUUAGUCUUAAGGAAGGAGCGUUCCCUGCUCCUGAGCAAGCACUGUAAAUUAAGCAAAGCCAACUUCUGUGUAUAAAACGAAAACCCAUUUAUGAUUGUUAUUAGAGUCUAGUUGAAGAUAUCAGAAAGCGAAAGGCAAAUAAACGCAAUGCGAAUGUUA